UGUUGGAGGCUGGAGGCGGUGUUUUAUUGUAUGAAAUCAGUUUGGGAUCCGUUCGUUCAGUCAUGGCGUCCGGGAAGACGGUGGAUUGCAGCGCUUCCCGCGAAUAACCACCGACAAACCGACUCAUCGCGACUAUAGCCGCUGCAUUGCGCUGUAUUUUCGCGUGAUAUCAUUUAACAACACAGUUGCGGAGCUAUCCAGUCACAACGAGUUUUAAUUCAGCAGUAAAGGUGGGUUUGAGCAGUAUGGUGGAGCCAGAGGAGCGGCCCUCGGUGGCGGGCCAGAGGCUGGGAGCCCCCGAGAGCAUGGGCAUCAGCACGCUGGAGCCCGGCCAGCGGCCUCCCACCAUGCCCCCCGGCAGACGGGUCUCCAUCCGGGUCCAGAUGUUGGAUGACACUCAGGAAGUCUUUGAGGUCUCGCAACGUGCUUCAGGGAAGGUGCUGUUUGACCUGGUUUGUGCCCACCUGAACCUCAUCGAGGGUGAUUACUUCAGUUUGGAGUAUCAGGACCAGCGUAAAAUGACCGUGUGGUUGGAUCUGCUGAAGCCGAUUCUAAAACAAAUCAGACGACCCAAGAACACCAUCCUGCGUUUCGUGGUGAAGUUCUUCCCUCCUGAUCACACGCAGCUGUUAGAAGAGCUGACCAGGUAUCUUUUCGCCUUGCAGAUCAAGCAUGACCUGGCCUGUGGACGUUUGACCUGUAAUGAAAGCAGUGCCGCCUUGCUGGUCUCUCAUAUAGUGCAAUCUGAGAUCGGAGACUUUGAUGAAGUGCAGUGCAAACAACAUCUACUCAACAACAAGUACAUUCCCGUGCAGGAUGCACUGAUGGACAAGAUCAUUGAAUACCAUCGGAAACACGUCGGGCAAACACCAGCUGAGUCGGACUACCAGCUUUUGGAGAUUGCACGAAGACUUGAGAUGUACGGAGUGCGUCUUUAUCCCGCAAAAGAUCGCGAGGGUACGAAGCUCAGCCUUGCCGUGGCGCAUUCUGGUGUACUGGUCUUUCAGGGACACACCAAAAUAAAUGCUUUCAACUGGUCUAAAGUCCGCAAGCUGAGCUUCAAAAGGAAGCGCUUUCUCAUAAAACUACGACCUGACUUAAAUCAGAGUAGCUGUCAGGAUACUCUGGAGUUCAUGAUGGGAAGCAGGGACUGCUGCAAGGUGUUUUGGAAGAUUUGUGUGGAGUACCAUGCCUUUUUCCGCCUGUUUGAAGAACCCAAACCCAAGCCCAAACCAGUUUUGUUUACCAGGGGUUCCUCCUUCAGGUUCAGCGGCCGCACACAAAGGCAGGUGAUUGAUUAUGUAAAGGACACUGAAUUCAAAAAGGUUCCGUUUGAAAGAAAACACAGUAAAAUCCAGUACAACAGCAGUUUUUCUCCAUCCCCACCCAGGCUGUGUGCCGAGGGUCAAGGAGAGAGGAAUGCCAGUGCUUCAGGACAUCAGAUGGACUCCCCUAUUGGGUGCACCCAAGUGACUGUUGAAAACCGAGCUCUCCAGCGUUACACUGAGAGUCUAACCUCACAGACCAAUGGAUGCCGAAAUGGGACCCCCGAUGAGGCGGAUACUCGAUUAAAGCCAUCCCCAUCCAAGCAGCAGGCCGAGCAUCUGAGCACAGGUCCCGUUUCCAGGAGCCCUCAGCACAGCGAAUCUCCGUCUGCAGGCCAAGUGAUGGUGAACGGCCAGAAACAGAGUCUUAACCUAGGCCAAAGUCCAGACGGACGGCAGCCUUCUCCUCUCACUAGCCCCUUACUGACCGACGCUGGCUUCAUCCGCACAGAUGACGAGGAUGAGGUUCGGAGGAAGAGGUUCCCGACUGAUAAAGCAUACUUCAUUGCCAAAGAGCUCCUGACCACAGAGAGGACAUAUCUGAAGGAUCUGGAGGUCAUUACUGUGUCCUUUCAGAAGUCUGUAGAGAAGGAUGAAGCCAUGCCGGAUUCCUUGAGGAAUCUCAUAUUUGCCAAUUUUGAACCUGUGUGCAAAUUUCACGAGACCUUUCUGAAAGACGUGGAGCAGCGACUGGCUCAGUGGGAAGGCAGAUCCAAUGCACACAUCAAAGGAGACUACCAGCGUAUUGGAGAUGUAAUGCUGAAGAAUAUCCAGGGUUUGAAGCUGCUGACGGCUCAUCUCCAGAAGCAUUCGGAAGCGUUGCUGGAGCUGGAGAGGAUGUGUCGCUCAUCCCGGAAGCUGGAGGGUCUGUGUCGAGACUUUGAGCUGCAGAAGGUCUGUUAUCUGCCGCUCAACAUCUUCUUCCUGCGGCCGCUGCACCGCCUCAUGCACUACAAACAGAUCCUCGAGCGACUCUGCAAACACUAUCCACCGACACACGACGACUUCAGAGACUCGCGAGCUGCGCUUGCUGAUGUUUCUGAGAUGGUUGUGCAGCUUCACGGCACCCUCAUUAAGAUGGAGAACUUCCAGAAGCUUCUAGAGCUCAAGAAAGACCUCAUUGGCAUCGACAAUCUUGCACUUCCUGGACGGGAGUUUAUCAGACUUGGUUGUCUCAGCAAACUCUCUGGAAAAGGUCUACAGCAGAGAAUGUUCUUCUUGUUCAAUGAUGUUCUGAUGUACACGAGUCGAGGGAUGACGGCCUCCAAUCAGUUCAAAGUGCAUGGCCAGCUUCCUCUGUAUGGCAUGACGAUCCGUGAAAGUGAGGACGAGUGGGGCGUCCCACAUUCCUUCACUCUGUUUGGACAGAGACAGUCCGUCGUCGUGGCUGCCAGUUCAGCGUCUGAGAUGGAGAAGUGGGUGGAGGACAUCAAGAUGGCCAUUGAACUGGCGGACAAAUGCAAUGGCCCCUCGGCUGAGAUCCUGUCCAGCAGUUUCACUGACAGCAAAUCCCCUGAGGAAUCUAGCGCUGACCAGGAAUCAGAUGAUGACCUGAGCGCCUCACGGACGUCUCUCGAGUGGCAGACGCCUCACCGUAGUAAUACCACGGUUCACGUGUGCUGGCAUCGCAACACCAGCGUGUCCAUGGUGGAUUUUAGCGUAGCGUUAGAGAAUCAGCUGUCUGGGAAUCUGCUGAGAAAGUUCAAAAACAGCAACGGUUGGCAGAAGUUAUGGGUGGUCUUCACCAACUUCAGUUUGUUCUUCUACAAAACACACCAGGAUGAAUAUCCUCUGGCCAGCCUUCCUCUGCUGGGAUACUCCAUCACCAUUCCCUCAGAGUCUGAGAACAUCCAUAAAGACUACGUCUUCAAGCUCCAUUUCAAAUCACACGUCUACUAUUUCAGAUCUGAGAGCGAGUACACGUUUGAGAGGUGGAUGGAGGUUAUCCGCAGCGCCACCUGCUCCUCCAGUCACAUCCGCUCACUGAGCCGCAAAGAGCCGCACGUCUACUGACCAAAGACCCUCGACAGCCUGCCUGAACACACACACAUGUCUGGUUCUCUAUCAGGUCUUCUCAACACACUUUAACAUGUUUCUUAUGGAAGUUUUUCGUGUGCUAUAUCGUUGUUUCACUUUUUUGAAAAAUUCAGAAGGCUUUGAAUGGGUUUAGAUGUAAAGAUUUGUAACAAGAAUAUGGAUUCAGUGCCAGAAAAUACACAUUAUCACAACAUCAGGUCAAAGAGAAACACUUCCAGUUUUGCAGUUCAUUUUAAAUUUGCAAAAGACACAAAAUCCUCAUUAGUAAACAACAGUACUCGUUCAUGAAAUGCAAGAACUGAUUUGUGUAAAUCAUUCGUAAAAUUUGUAAGAAUGCUUUCAGGAAUGAUUCAUUGAAUUGAAUGCAGUGGUUAUGUUGAAUGCGAUGAUUUAUUCUUUUGAAAGUUUUAUUGAUUUGUAUAUGAGAGUGUUCUAUAAAUGGUUUAUUGAAGGUUUUAGUGUACAUGAGACUGGUUAUACUGAAUUGAAUGUGACUGUUUAAGCUGAGAACAGCUUUACGAACAAUUUACACAUGAAUUUAUUGUUGGUGUUUCAUGAAUGAGGCCUAAUGCCUGUAAAAUUGGUCAGUGAAACAUCUCUGGACUGUUUUUAAAUGUAGUAACUCUAGCCUUUUAUUACUGACUUCUGGUCUGAUGUUUUUAAAUGGUUGACGCUUUCUGUCUACAUCUCAGUGAACAAAAAACAAAAACAAUGUGCAGGUCAUAUUUCACUCCAAAAUUGCUUGGAGAGAAAAA